AUGUCGGCUCCUGGCGCUUCAAGUGGAUCUCAAGCUGCUGCUGCUGCAUCUCAAUCUGUGGGUUCUCGUCCACGUCUUACAGCCAAUUCAGCAGCACCGCCAUCCGAUUCAGCAGCACCGGCAACUGAUUCUGCAACUCUAGGUAAUAAUUCAGUGGUAGAGGUAGAAGAUGAUGUUCCUGUUGGUAGUAAGAGGAAGCUAAGAUCUGAAGUAUGGAAAGACUUUGAUUUGAUUAAUGUGGGGAGACAAGAAAUGGUACAACCCACUUAA